AUGUCUCUUCGAGCCCCAAUACUAGCUAUCACGUCCUUAACACUGCUGCUGGUGUUUUUUAUCAAAAUUAUAUAUCAGAGUCGGGCUGGUCCAUUGCGCAGUAUCCCCGGUCCCUGGUACACAAACUACUCGCACUAUGUCCUCAAAUACGAGACUUUGAUGUCUCGAAGAAUGUACUAUGUCCAUAGUCUUCACCGGAUCUAUGGCCCCGUUGUACGACUCUCGCCCUGGCAAGUGGCUGUUGCAGAUCCUGAGGGUUUCACCGCUAUCCAUCGGAUUGGCUCUGGCUUCAAUAAACCUAAAUGGUUUGAAGCGUACAUGGAUAAGACAGGGGGUCUUGGAGUCAGCUUUUUCGCAAUGUCUAACCCUAAAGAACACGGUUCACGGCGAAAGAUGUUUGCCCGACCGUUCUCUCACUUGAAUUUACGGGUCAACUGCGAGGACAUCAUUAGGGAAAAGGUCGACAAGGCAGUAGAUCGAAUCCAUACUGAGGCAUUAGAGGGAAACUCCGAUAUUCUUAAGUGGUGGAUGCUGAUGGCUUCAGACAUCAUUGGGCAGCUUUCGUUCGGCGAAUCUUUCAGACUGCUCGAGGCAGGCAAAAAAAACCAUUUUAUCAAAGUUUUAGAAACCGCAGCAAUGAGCAUCACACUGAAGAAUGAGUUCCCCCUACUUUACAGUUUUUGCCGUUAUAUUCCUCUUAGGUCGGUUCAGACAUUUCUGAAUUCAAGCAACGAGCUUUACUUCUACGGCGGACGCGCCGUCGCGAACCUUCGUCAGCACAACAGCGAGAAGACCAUGUUCUCCAACAUAGUCACACAGACUGAGGAAUCCAAGCUAGAAAACAGAAAUGGAAUCGCGCUGUCGGACGAUGCGAUUCGAAUCGAAGCUAGCGACUUCCUUCUGGCUGGGGCCGAUACUACUUCCAAUACCCUCACAUACGUUGUGUGGAGCAUUCUCCGGUGCCCUGACCUUCACCGCCGUGUCCUACAAGAGCUGGACUUGUUGGGCGACAACUUCGACGAUGCAGCAUUAGAACAGCUACCUCUCCUCAAUGCUAUCAUUCAAGAGUCGCUGCGGUUGUAUGGUGCUGUGCCUGGUCAAUUAUCGAGAGUAGUCCCACCCGGUGGGAUAAGCAUUGCCGGCAAGUUCAUCCCGGCUGGCUUUGAAGUUGAGACGCAAGCGUAUACUAUGCACAGGAUUUCAGAUGUGUAUUGCAACCCUGACCGGUUCGACGAAACUAGAUGGCUGUAUCCCGAAUCUCUAACCCCUAAGCAAAAGUCGUGUUUCUGCUCAUUUGGCGCUGGCACCCGCGUCUGCAUAGGGAUUCACUUGGCAAAAAUGGAGUUACGACUCGGCACUGCUGUUUUGCUAAAGAGGUGCCAGACCUUGAAACUUGCGGAUCGGACCACUGAAGACUCGAUAAAGAUGUGGAACUUUAUACUCGCCGGGCCAAUCGCCAGACGCUGCGAAGUAACGGUCGAAUAA